UUCUCCAGAUUUCAUUCGAAGAAGCAAAUAUGCCUCCCGCAACAGUUAAACAUGAUAAUGAUUAUUCAGCAAAGGAGACACUGUUUAAAAUCACAGGGGAAAAAAAUGCUGCUGAAGUAGGAGUAGAACUCUGGAACAAUAUGUUGACCCCAGUUGGUCAGAAGAAGCCUUAUCAGUUCACAGAAAUACCUGAUCCAAAGUGUCCUUCUCAGGAAUACCAGUACAUCUUCACAUACAGGAAUAGUAAUUACUCACCUUUUCCUGUGAAGUCACAGACUGAAGCACAACCUCAGGAAAAGAGCUUUGGGACUAAUAUUCCAUGUUCUGACCGCAGCCCCUCCAACACAGUUCCUGUCUCAGUUCAUAACUUGAGGCCAGGAGACAUAAAAGUUAUAGGUGCCCUUGGGGACUCACUAACAGCAGGAAAUGGGGCAGGAUCUUCACCAUUCAAUAUUCUUGAUGUUCUGACACAAUAUCGAGGCCUUUCAUGGAGCAUUGGUGGAAAUGAAAACAUAAAAGCAGUCACAACAUUAGCGAACAUUCUUCGUGAGUUCAAUCCUUCUUUGUUGGGCUUUUCCAUUGACAAAGGAAAUCAGAACCAGCCUAAAGCUCAUCUGAACCAGGCUGUGCCAGGAGCUCGCGCUGAACACAUCCCAUCUCAGGUCAGGAGGCUAAUAGAUUUGAUGAAGACUGAUCCUAAAAUAAAUUUCCAAGAAGACUGGAAGCUCAUAACCCUUUUCAUAGGAGGAAACGACUUAUGUGGUCAUUGUGACGAUCCUGUACGUUAUUCUCCUGAGAAUUUCAUAAGGAAUAUACAGUCAGCUUUGGAUAUACUCCAUAAAGAGGUCCCUCGAACAUUUGUGAACCUGGCAACAAUCCUUCUUGUGGCACCUCUGAGGAAACUGUAUCAGGAGAAGCGCGUUUACUGCCCAAGACUGAUAAUGAGAGCAUUGUGUCCAUGCGUUUUGAAACCUAAAGAUAAUUCCUCUGAAAUUGAAAUGCUAGAGUCCUUUAAUAAAAAGUAUCAGGAGGGAACUCAUCGCUUGGUUGAGAGUGGGAGGUAUGAUACAAGAGAAGAUUUCACUGUGGUUGUGCAGCCACUGUUGGAAGAAUCAGACAUGCCUAUGACUCUGGAUGGGCUGCCAGAUUCUUCAUAUUUUGCCCCAGACUGUUUCCACUUUCACCAGAAGGGUCACUCCCAGGUUGCUCGGGGGCUGUGGAACAACAUGUUGGAACCCCUUGCAGAAAAGACAAAGGUACAAAAGCUUGAAGCUGGGAUAACACUCAAAUGUCCAAACCAGGCCCAGCCAUAUUUAAUGACAUACAGAAACAGCAACUAUACUUACACUAAGGGAAAUACCCCUGUUUAUGGAAGCCAGAUGCUGUGCAAGGAUAGAGCACCAUCCAUCAAAUAUCCUACUUCAGUGCAUGCCCUAAAACCAGCUGAUGUGCAAGUAAUAGCUGCUUUGGGAGAUUCUUUUACGGCUGGUAUUGGCGUAGGGUCAGCACCAAAUGAUAUGCUGGAUAUGCAUACACAAUAUCGGGGUCUGGCUUGGAGCAUUGGAGGAGACGCUUCAUUACAGAAUGUAACAACUUUACCAAAUAUCCUUCGUGAAUUCAAUCCUAACCUCACAGGUUAUUCAAUUGGUAUCAAUGAAUUCAAUGAGACAAAUGCCUUUCUCAAUCAGGCAGUUCCAGGAGCACAGGCUAAGGAUUUAUCAGACCAAGUCAAGCGUCUUGUAAAAAUAAUGAAAAAUGAUUUGAAAAUCAAAUUCGACACUGACUGGAAAAUCAUAACAAUAUUCAUUGGACUCCAAGAUCUGUGCAACUAUUGCAAAGAUAUUAACCAUUAUUCAGCAGUAAACUUCUCAAAUCAUGUUCAAGAAGCGCUUGACUUGCUUCACACAGAGGUGCCUAAAGCUUUGGUUAACCUGGUGGAGGUGAUGGAUCUUCUCCCUCUAAGACAACUGUUUCUAGAUAGCAGUUUACCAUGUGAUGUGCACCUAGCAAAAGAUCAGUGCAGUUGCCUUCUCCUCAUUCAAGAAGGUUCAUCAGACCUUGUGAUGAUGCAGGAGGCAAUCAAAGCUUAUCAGAGUGAAAUACAAAAACUAAUGAAGAGUCACAGGUAUGACAGUCAAGAAGAUUUUACAGUUGUACUACAGCCAUUCCUCCAAACUAUUUCAUUACCUAUUUUACAGGGUGGGCGUCCAGAUAUCUCCUUCUUUGCACCAGACUGUUUUCACUUUAGUCAAAAAUCGCAUUCCCAACUUUCCAGAGCUCUCUGGAACAAUAUGCUUCAGCCUGUUGGAAAGAAAGAUGUUUCCUUCAGUUUUAUGGAUAAUAUAACGCUGAGCUGCCCAACUCUGCAACAACCUUUCCUGGCUACCUUCAAAAACAGCCAUGCCAUGCAUCCAUCAGAAGAUCCUACCAAGCUGCCAAACCAGAACUGGGGUAGCAAUCUGCCAUGUUCUGUACAGACUGAAUCCAGAGAAGUCCCCACAUCAGUGCAUAGGCUGCAGCCAGCUGACAUCCAAGUGAUAGCAGCACUUGGUGAUUCAAUGAUGAUUGCUGAAGGAGCUAAAGCAGUUGGCUUGAAUGAUGUCAAAACAGCUUGGAGAGGGCUUUCCUGGGGCGCUGGAAGUGAUGGAAGCUUAGAGACUCACACAACUUUACCUAAUAUUUUGAAGAAAUUUAAUCCAGGCCUCACUGGUUUCUCGACUGGCACCCAAAAAGAAACUGCUGGGUUCAAUGUAGCUGUGGGAGGAGCCACGAGCUGGAAUAUCUCAGCCCAAGCACAUGAAUUGGUAGAACUCAUGAAAAGUAGCCCGAACCUCAACUAUAAGGAGGACUGGAAGUUAGUCACUAUCUUCAUCGGACUUAAUGACCUGUGUCAGUAUUGUUUAGAUAAGGAGACAUAUUCAGUGGAAAAAUAUGUAAAACACCUCCAGGAUGCUCUUGAUAUUCUUUACAAGGAGCUCCCUCGGGCCUUUGUCAACAUUGUGGAGAUAAUGGAACUCACUGGGCUGCGUCAGAUAGAAAGGGAAGAAUCUGGAUGCGUCCUUUCAGGGGCGAGUCUUUGUCCAUGUUUUCUAAAUUCUUGGGAAAACUCUCCUGAACCACAAGAAAUGGAGAUAAUUAACAGAGAUUUUCAGGAUAAAAGUACAAUGUUGAUCAACAGUGGCCGUUACGAUCAGCGGGAGGAUUUUGCCAUUGUUGUGCAACCAUUUUUCCGAAAUACCUUCCUAUCACUAGACAGUGAAGGGAAACCAGACCUGAGUUUCUUUGCAGUGGAUUGCUUUCAUUUCUCUGAGAGAGGUCAUGCUGAGAUGGCUGUGUCACUCUGGAAUAACAUGUUGGAGCCAGUUGGUUACAAGCAGUCAUAUAAACAUUUCCCAAAGGAAAGGCUGAAGCUCAAGUGUCCAACCUCAGAACACCCGUAUCUUUUCACAUCAAGAAACAGCCAAAUGCACAGUUCAAUGCUUGACACAAAGCACAAUAGAGACAGCGUGCCUUACUGGGCUGUGAUUAUAGCAGCCACAAUUGGAAUUUUGGCAGGAUCCCUGACUGUUUGGGGUAUAAUGACUCGGAAAGUCAACAAACACCCGAGGGCAAGAGAUGAAGCAGCUGAAGAGAAGGCAACAACAUUUUAA